CCAGGCGGUUUCAAGGGGACCCAAACUGGGCGUUUCUUUGCCGCUACUUCUACAGAAAGUUUUACUGUUGGGCAAGUUUCUACUAACAUUAGCCAUUAACUUACACAACAGCUACAUUAGUACCGAGACACAGAUACAGAAACGUGCCGGGGAAGAAGUUGCAAGCAGGGUGAAAACGGUGUCAUAUCUGUGCUGGUAUUGUAGGAAUACGCGUUAGCCGAAGUUAGUUUGUUUUGCUAUCUCUAGCUUGUUGGUAAAUUACGCUUCGUUGCUUUCGUCUUUUAAUGAUAUGGUCGCUUAGUUAAACACAGUUAAGGUGGCGUAAACGUAAAUAACCAAUGUAAGCAGUGUUAGUGGUGUAAGAAGUGUUUCAUGCAGUGUUUUUGCAUAUAAUAAGUUCGGAGUAGCUAGCCGCUAGCUUAGCUAACUAGUUUUGAGUAACUUUGUUUCGGGCUACUUUAAGGGAUCGUCGUCAAGCUUGCAGACGCCAGGGGCGGGAGUGUUGUACACGGCCGUUCCCUUACUGCGCCACUUUAAGUGAAAUGGGAAGCCUUGAAACCUCCAUGUUUGUAUCUUGAAAUUGCGAGCGGAGUUGAGCACCAUAUUGAAUCAAAGUUGCCAUCUCCUUGACAAAUAUUUUACAAGUUUCAGACUUCAAACUUUAGCGGCGACCUGAGCGGACAACAACAGCCGAAGUGUAAUGGACUUGCUGUAGGCGACGUGUUGUGAUGUUUCCUGGGACGCUUCGCCUCCGUUUCCCUACAUGUUAAGUUGGUUUAAUGCACCGAGUCAUCGAACAAUCUGUAACUUUAAAGUGUGAGGUCAGCACUCUGUACCAGACCUGGAUGUGAUGGACAAUCCGUCCUCAAUAAUCACCCAAGUCAGUCGGGAUGAAGAGGGAAAUAAAGCCGCAGGAGAGAGGGGUUCUUCCCCCUCUGUGUCCUCAAAGAAGCCCAGGAGCGGAGGCCUCUUCUCCAGCCUUUUCUGCUGCCUGUGUCGAGACCAGCCUGAACCCCCGCCAGUCAACAACAAUGCCCCUCUGCUGGUCGAGGAGAACGGAACCGUCUCCAAGAUCCAGGUGAAGCCACUGCUGCCUCCAGUGAAGUCAAAAGACUCUGGAAAGAUCUGUGUGGUUAUAGAUCUGGAUGAAACAUUAGUUCACAGCUCUUUUAAGCCUGUGAACAAUGCAGAUUUCAUCAUUCCUGUGGAAAUAGAUGGAACAGUACACCAGGUGUACGUGCUGAAGCGGCCCCAUGUUGAUGAGUUCCUCAAGAGAAUGGGAGAACUGUUUGAGUGCGUCCUGUUCACUGCUAGUUUAGCCAAGUAUGCAGACCCCGUCUCCGACCUCCUGGACAAGUGGGGUGCUUUCCGCUCCCGCCUCUUCCGGGAGUCCUGUGUCUUCCACCGAGGUAAUUACGUCAAAGACCUGAGUCGCCUGGGUCGCGACCUGAACAAGGUCAUCAUCGUGGACAACUCCCCUGCCUCCUACAUCUUCCACCCCGAUAACGCAGUGCCGGUGGCCUCGUGGUUCGAUGACAUGUCCGACACCGAGCUGCUGGACCUCAUCCCCUUCUUUGAGAGGCUGAGCAAAGUGGAUAAUGUCUACACAGUCCUCAAGCACCAAGGGACCGCAAGCUAACAGUGUUCGAUUUCUCAUCUCAGCUCUGAACAAAAAAUGGCGUACAGAACGGAAACACCCACACCAGCGAGGCUCCAGCGAGGCUCAAGCUAUCACCGCCCACCAGAACACAGACUGCGACAUGGCUGACCGAGCCUUCACCUUCCCAGUAUCAAACCAAGACCAUGUUUGGGAGUCUUCAGUGACUUGGACGCCUUCAUCACUGCCACCUCCUGGUCAAACAUAAACUCCCUGAAAUUUGUAACUUUCUCCCUGUCAGCCUACCAUGAACCAGCUGAUGUGAGUGAAUACAUGAAAGGACGGAUGCAUGAAUGUUUAAGGACAUUUCUGCGGAGUCACUGAACUUGAAGUUGAGUUAACAAAGCAGAGGUCUGUAGCCAUGAAUUCUCUGGACACAGACCGGGUACUGGACUUCUCACGGAUUCUGAUCCUGCAACAGAUGCAGGAUUCGGUAAGCAGGAACCGAGUUGAAAGGAAUUUCUGGAAAGAUUCCUGUGCAAAUAAACUUGAUCAGUCUCGUCAUUGAAAGAGCAGAUGGUGUAGACGUACUGUAGAUGUCUUUUAAGCAUUUUGGAAUAACAUCAUCUUUGUCACACACCCUAAUUUUGUCACACUAUUGGUCUGCAGUCAAAAGCAUGUGAUCCUCGGGUGUCAUUUUAGAGUUUUUAGAGCGAUGCGGUCAGGUAUUUUUGAAUAACCUGACAGUGUUAUGGAUGAAUCUGAUCAAAAAAGUAAAAUGAGCGGGAGUUAUUAAAUUCACUACUAACAAAAUGAUUGGACAGCACUUUACAAGUAUAGUUACAUAGUACAGUCCUCCCUUUCACUGCAGUGUAGAACAUGAUUUUAGCACAAUUUGUAUACUAAACUCUUACAAAACAGCAUUGCAUAAAAAAUAGGGAUCAUUAUUUGGAAUUUGGAAUUGUCCUUUUGCAGCAGGAAGCUAAAAAACUGAUCCAUGGGAACAUAAAAUUGUGGGAAAACCAAUGUAAACCACUAUAAUCGCUUUAAGUCGUGACUUUUUCAGUGAAAAUUGGUUUAUAACAAAAACAACAAGCCCUAUUAAACAAGCCAAAUAAGACACUAACAUGAAUAUCAAACCAUCUGCACAUGACAGUGAAAGAGCAGCUGCUGUGUUUAUCGGACGCAGAUUUCCAAAGGUGGUUUAAAGAUUGAUGGGACAGCAAAAAUGCAGUGUAUCUGCACCUGCAUGUCGGUAGAUGUCGUGAACAGUUGACCCCCAGAGACACGAGGACCAGCAUUACCUUCUCUGAUGGGUUCUGUUAUUUGUUUUAAAGCCACACACAAAACUUGAAUUUCUCACAGCGUUUUUCAGACUGUAUCUGAAUGGUAAGAGAAAGUUGUAUGUUGCGAAGAAAGGUUGCAGUUUGGCUUGUCAGUUUGGUUCUCAUAAGCUUCUAAGUACUUUUUUUGUUAAUUUCUAAGCGGUACACAUAGGCUGGAAACAAUUUCAGGACUUUGUAGUAAAAUGUGUCGAUGGGGGAGGCUGCCAUGUGGACUUGAGGGUAUGUGAGGUGCUGACACACCUUUGACGACAAGAAGUGGUUUAAUUCAGUCCAGAUUUAAAGGAGAAAUCCACCCUGAAACACUGUUAAUAAGCAGCUAUUGGCAUGGGUGUAGAUACCAGGAGGGGAACGGGGGGAUACACCCCUCAAUAUUUAGAAAUGUGCAUUUGUUCUCCCCAAUAAAACUUUUAUUUUGACGAAAUUAAAGACGUUUUCACCAUUAAUUAAUGGAAAUUCAGUGUUUGACGCUCAAAAUUUCGUGGCGGAGGAUCCCCAACCUCCCCAGUUUCAUAUGGGUCCCCCCUAAUAUUGAAAUGAAACCUACACUCUUGACUACUGGUGAUUUAUUUUGCACCUCUGAGUGGUCUUUUUCUCUUGGAUUGGUGAAAUAAACCAUAGAAAAGGCAAAAAUAUUCACAGUACUGCUACUGAAAUACUCAGUUGCCAAAAAGACAUUGUGGGAAAUGCAGGAAAUCACCAGCAGACAUAAAGUUUAUCAAAAAAUAUCGUUUUAAGGGUGGAUUAUUCCUUUAAAAACUCCUUGACCACAUAGGGUCCUACACAUUGAAUCUGUGUUGCUUUUUUUUGCCCUACAUGGUGAUGUUGGUCCAGUCAGUUUUAAGGAGCAGCAUGGCCCCUAGUAGGCCUCUUUGUUAUCACCCUCCUUUGCGUUGACAAUACCAUGUGUUGACACUGAUGAAUGAAGCCGUGGAUUUAAUUAAGAGCCUCCGUAGCGGGCUCGUGAUGUGACUCUACCUAGACGAGGCAGGGAUGACAAUUAAAUCCACCAUACUGAGAGCUAUUGCAUUAUUUUUCUGUGUUUAACAAAUUCUUGUCAAUCAAAUUAGCUUGUUUCUUUUCUAAAUAAUUACUGAGUUUAUUUUAUUUUGUUGCCCAUAGGUGGUCCUCCGAUACAAUAUUGGUUCGUUUCCCAAAGGGGAUACAUUGUUCUUGCUGUUUUCAUGCAAGACCUGGUUGGUUACCUCGUCUGUUUAUCAGUAAUAUGCAUCAGAAACACCAGCAAAUGACUUCAAGGAUAGUAUCUUUCUGUUGUAGGCACAUAAACAGGGUAAUUAUUUGGAUAUGUGUAUUUCAUGUAAGCCAUCAUUACACGUUUCACUUAGGUUCAAUGCUGAUAACUUGUCUUGUUCUUCUUUUUGGAAUUCAUUGGCAAAGAGUAGUAUUUAUAGGAAGUCAUUUGAUCACACAUGAAACAAGUGUGUUACUGCGGGGGCCCAUUCACUGAUACUGUACUUCUCACACAUUCAGUAGAUAUGUAUAUUUUGUUUUGCACAGUAAUAAAGCAAACAAAUUUUCAUUAAUAUAUGGAAUAUUCAUGUUACUGUACUCAUGAUUGAAUAGAUGUAACCUAAUUUUUUUUUGACCUGUUGUUUUAUCAUACCAAAUUAUAUAUGGACUAUGUAAUGAUGCCAUUUUUGUUUUCCAUAAAUGCUUAAUGAAAGAUGGUCCAAGUGCUGAUUUGUUGAGCAUUUCUUUUUUAUAAAACAAAUAUAACAAAAAAGUAGCAUCUGUGAAGGGUUGGCAAAUCCUUGGAAGAUGGAAAUGAGCGACAAAAAAAUGAACAAAAAAUAAGUAAAAAGAAAAUUAAAAACAAGAAAAUAAAUGAGAAAAAAUGUUUAAAACAAACAAGGAAAUGAUCUGGAAAAGAUCUUAGAAAUUAUAAUUCAGUAACAUAAUUUUAAAUAUUUAAUAAUGCUAAUUAUAAAUAUAGUUUUUCCCCUAGCUUUUUAAACUUUUUUUUUUUUUAAUUUAUUCAUUUUUUUGUAGUUUGUGGAACAUUUCUUACUAAGUUGCUCAUUGCCUUUUCCCCCAUGUUUUUAAAAGACGUUGCUCCAGGUUACAAAGGGUUAACCAGAAACAAAUACUAAAAUUAAACAAGUUUUGCACAAAUUCAUCUCCAAUUUAACGACACUGUCCUGUCAUAUGAUAAAAUGACAUGAUAGAUUUUACCGCACACCACAUUGAGAGACAAUUUCAGAUUUAAUUAAAGCUUAGCAUAUUAUUCUAAUAUUAAAAUACUGUUAUACUGUAUGUUAUAGCAACAUUUAUUAAUUUUUUGCUUAUUUUUGACCAAUUAGAGGCAGCAUAACAGACUGGAAACACAACAUUGUCAUUGUUAAUUCAUGAAUGUUAGCUGUUGGCUAACCAGUUAGUUAACUGGUUAGCCAACAGCUAACAUUCACAAACUGGUUGCCUAGUCAUUUGACUGGCAGCAAACCUCAAGUAACAUUACCAUUUAUGUUGAGUUGUGUUGUUGGUGAAUUUUGAUGAGUGAGGUUUUAAACCUUACAUGUGGACAUAAUGCAAAAGAACUACAGUUUAUUUAGCAUUAUGUCACAAAAUUUCCUUCGAAAACACAGGUGACAUUUGACACCACUGUUACUUUGUGUUACUUUGAGUUUUAUUUGUAGGGAUUUCCAUCAGAAUACAAGAAUGUAAAGUCAAUUAGAAAUAUGUAUCAGGCAAAUAAAAAUCAUCUACACGGUAAAAAAAAAAAGGAAUAACUUGGUUAUUACAUGCCUCCGGUUUUAAAUGCUUAGUCUGUAAAACUUUACUGAAUACCCUCAAUCUGAAAUAUGCCAGACAAAAAUUUAAACGCAGCACUUUUGUUUUUGCUCCCAUUUUCCACAGGUUUUGGCUAAAUAUCUCAGACAUUUUUCAGGCACUCAAUAAAUUUAUUUCUCUCAAAUUUAGGUUGCAAAUGAGUUAAACACCUGUCAGAGGAGGAUGGAUUAUCUUGGAAGUGCUCACUCAGAGAUUUUAAUAAAUUUGCUAACAAAAUUUGUGAGAAAUAUGUCUAUUGAGUGCACAUGAAAAGUCUUACAUUUUUAUCUUGAA